UGUCUUCCUAUCGUCGUCUCAGGAUUCGAUUAGCGAGUCUACUUCAUCAUCAGAUCUCCAGCAUGAAUGGCCAAGCCUGUGAACCAUGUGCGCGUCGGAAGGUCCGUUGCGACAAACAAAAGCCGUGUUCGAACUGCAAGCGGAGAAAGCAGGAUCAAUGCAUCUACCCAGAAGCAGCACCAAUCGACCGCAUCAAAAGACUAGAAUCUCUUGUCAAAAGCCUCGGAGGAGAUCCGAAUGAUGAUGAGAGUCGCACCCCGAAGCGAGCGAGAACAGGUCCGUCGCCUGCUGAAGUACAAGGUGAGAGGGAUGAAGCUCGCGACACCGCCGAGACCGAACGUGGAGAGCCAGUCUUGUUGGAACAAGAUGGGCAAUCAUAUUAUGUCGAGAUGCGUGCCUGGCAUACUCAUCUCAGCCAUAACGACAAUCCGCAGAAUGAAAUCAAUCAUGAUGUACUCAUGAGCAGGCCUUUGAUCUCAAGAACGAAGCCUGAUGCACUUCGAGGUCUCAUGCGUGCCGACCACAACAUUAACUUUGCACUACAACAUCCUUCCUCUCAAGACGCCAGUUUUCUCUGGGACAGAUUCGAGCGGAAUGCCAACCCACUAAUCAAGAUUGACUUUGACUCUGCUCUCAAGAUCUUACGAACAAGUUCGACCAAUGCCGAGAGUCGAGUGCAACUCAAAGAUGAAGAGCACACUUUCAUUUUCUGCGUCUACCUGAUGAGUAUCGUCAGUGUUCCAGAAGAAGAAUGCUCGAAAGUACUUCAUCAACCAAAGGAUGUACUGCUAUCGCAUUACCAGGCGAUUUGCGAGCAAGCACUUUCGCGCAGCAACAUCUUCUCUAUCACGGACCUCAUCAUCAUAAGAGCGAUAGUUCUGUAUAUAGCUGCCUCAAUCGAACGCUUAAGCAUACAGAGCUUAUUCUCGCUGAUGGGUCUGACCAUUCGUAACGCAGAGAAACUUGGUAUACACAGAGAUGGAGCGCUUCUCGGCAUCAGUCCGAUGGAGACCGAGAGUCGCCGCCGAUUGUGGUGGCACCUACAGCACCUGGACCUCGCUCUGGGUGUGCGCUGUGGAACAACACCACUUACAUUGAUGGCUGGCUGGGACACCAAAAUACCGCUCAACAUCGAAGACAGUGAUCUGAAGUCAGAUAUGACGGAGCCCCCACCAGAGCGCAAAGGUCUGACUAGCCUAUCAUACUGCUUAUGGACAUACUGGAUCGUGUCGCAACAGCGCGAGUUCUUCGCAGCGAACCAGGGCAAACUAGGCAUCUCGUGGGCGUCCAACAAGUCCCUUCCUCACGCUAGAAAAGCUGCUCUACUUCAGCUCAUGGAGGAAGGUCUCAACAACAAGUUCUUACAGUACUGUGACCCCAUCAAGCCACUUGAUAUCAUGGUGCAGCUUACCUCGAGGGCACUGAUAUGUACCAUGCGCAUGUUCACCUUGCAUCCGAUGUCGUUCAGCGGCGAUGCGAGCAUUUCUGAAGAACAACGCCAUACUCAACUAGUAGAUGGAGCAGUCAAGUCACUAGAGUACAAUAUUGCUCUCAACUCGCGACCAGAGCUACAACGCUUCCACUGGUUUAUCAAUGGCUAUUUCCAAUGGCAUGCUUUCAUCAGCGUGAUAGUCGAAGUCAUACAGCUCAAAGGAGCACCAGAAGCUCAGCGCAUAUGGGACGUCAUCUCCGAUCUCUACACUUACAACAAGAAUCUCCUCGAGCUUUCAGAAGAUAGAAGAAAACACCACGCCGCUGAACUCAUCAUCAACGCUUGGAAGGCUCGAUCCCAAGCUGACCCUUCUGCUCAUAAGCCAUCCUGUGUCGCGGUGCUAGAGUCCCUUCUUGCUGAGAAACAAAGGUAUGCAACGCAAGCACAGUCCGGGGACGCCGGGCAGCCACUAGAGCCAGUAAUGACGGAUGAAGACCUUAAUGCGAUCCUGGACAUGGAGUUUCAGGAUAUUGAUUGGAGCUUCUGGGCAGGUAUGGAGUAGAAAGUGCAUCGACUAGACAUACGGCAGUCGAAGAAAUGUCUGAUUAAAAAGUUCGUGUCUUAGCACCAGUGAAUCAUCAAGAAAUGAUAUCUCUUUCUCAUCGUCCAAAGCCAAGGCCCCUCGGAGUCUGUGCCGG